CUUGUUUCCUAAAUUGAAGGUCAGGUUUAUCUCAAAAAACUAGCUACUACCUAUUUAUAAGCUGUGAAAGCAAGUGUGGAAAAAAUCAAUUUAUUACAACCAAUAUGGAGGCUCUACGCAAAUCUUUGUUUAUUUUUGUUAUUGUAGCGGUUAUGAUCCAGAAAACAGCAAUGGCGGCCCAACACGUUGUUGGAGGAAGCCAAGGAUGGGAUGAAUCCACUGAUUUCAAAUCCUGGUCUUCUGGUCAGACAUUCAAAGUUGGAGAUACACUAGCAUUUAGGUACAAUCCAGGACUUCACAGUGUUGUAGAACUCGAGGGUGAAAGCUCAUACAAGAGUUGUGAUAUAAGCAGUUCCGUGAACUCGAUGAGUGCGGGCAACGAUGUUGUUAAACUAAACAAGCCAGGGACUCGAUACUUUGCUUGUGGAACAGCAGGUCACUGUAACCAGGGAAUGAAGCUUAAAAUCACAACUGUUACUGGAAGUGCACCUUCUAAUCAGGCUGCCUCUUCCACACCUAGCUCCUCUUCUGCAGCUUCUUUUCGGAUUUCUACUCCGUUCUUCGCUUUCAUUGCUGCAACUUUGACUAUACAAAUAACUAUAGUCUUUCUGUUAUAAGAAAUAUUUUUGCUUAAUGAUUCAAUGUUUUGCACUUGAUGAGGCGGAGUAGCUGGUAUUUAUACGGAGUGGAGCACUAUGUUAAUUUUGUCCCGUAAGUUGUUCAUGUGAUGUAUUGUGAUUCUUUUACUUCAAAUUUUGUUAAGACUUUGAAUAAUGACAGUAAUUUGUUUGUAUUGUUGAUUA